AUGGAGCCCAACGUGCGUUUCUGGAUCAGCGAACGCCAAUCUUUUGUUCAAAGAUUUCUUCUAUGGACAGAAUUAUUAGACCCUACAAAUUUGGUCAUUUCAAUUGAAAAAGUAGAAAAAUUGAGGCAACUGUUAACAGAUGAAGCUGGAGAGAAUGUGGAGGACAAGAAGAUCCAAGAGGCUUGGAAGAGAAGUCUUUCAACUGUGCACCCAGACGGCAGUACACUGAUCCCCGCGCCCUUCCGACCUGCGGCUUUCCUGCCAUUAAUGGGGCCCAUGGUAUUUUUUUCAAUGAUGCCAUCGAAAGGGAUAAAGUCCAUGAUUUUGCCUCAGUUCUCCCUGUAUACCUACCUGACACCCUUCAACAUCAUCAAUGGAAACACAACUUACCCUCAUCACCUAGGAGAGAAUCUACUACUGGGCACAGGAGUGAUCGCUUCGUCCACCUUUUUUGGAAUAAUUCCUCAGUUGGUGCAAAUAAAGUAUUCCCUGGAUAGCCAUCUUGUUCGCUUUAUGGCCAGCCGAGUCCUUCCGGUCAUCUUUCUUGCCCAAGUCAGUGGGAUGAACGUGCUUGCAUCCCGAAGUCUGGAGUCCACACGAGGUAUCACGGUCAUGGACAAGGAAGGCAAAGUCAUUGGCCACUCCAGACGAGCCGGCCAGAAGGCUGUUCAAGAAACAGCAGUUUCCAGAGUGGUGCUAUUUGGGACCUCCGCUGGUGUCUCUGAAGUCUUAGCAUACUGUUUCAGACGGACUCAGUUUUUCCUGCAGCACCCGUGGUCCUUGUGGACCGUGAAGCUGUCCUGCAGCAUCCUGGCCAUGGGGCUGAUGGUGCCCGUCUCCUUUAGCAUGUUCCCACUGGUUGGGCAGAUACCGCGCAGUAAGCUUGAAGAGGAAAUCCAGUCUUCAACAGAAGAAACGGAACUCUUCUAUUACAGGGGGGUGUAG